CUGCCGGGUGGUCCCCAUCUUGACACACACACACACAUACACACUGCCGGGUGGUCCCAAUCCUGACACACACACACACACACACACACACACACUCUGCAGCGCUGCCCCCUCGCCUCCAGGAAGGACAAAAUAAGGCAGCUGAAACAACCCUUCCCCCCCUUUCUAAAUGGCCGGGGAAGGCAUCCUGAGACCGGGGACAGAAUGCUUUAGUGGGUGGAACCUGGCGUGACCCCAUUCUCCAUACAAGGAAACUGAGGCCCAGAAACACGACGUGUCGACACAGGUGCUAACUGGUAACAAAAGGGAGCAAAUGCUCGGCGUCCGCAAUGUGUGUACAGCUUGCCAGAGGCACUGUAAACAUGAUACUGUCUAAUUCUGGACGAGUUUAUUCUUUUUUAAACUUGUGCUUUCCCUUCUGUCUUUUUGUUACCCCGUAUUUUAAAAGCUCCAUGUCUUAAGUGUAUUGUUGCCGUUUAUUGGAAUAAGUGGUCGGUGUCCUUGUUCUGACUUGCCCGGCUGUGCCGUCCCCAGCCCACCCGCGUCUCUAACGCGACUGUACUAACUGGGGAUUAAUGGGCGGCCAAACGUAAGAUGAUUUACACCCCCUCCCCUUUACCUGUGAGUUUGCAGCUGGUGUCAUCUCAUCUCUCAUUCUUUUUUGUAUAUGCCUGAGUGGCUUCUUCCCCGCCUCAGAAGAGAUUUGCUAAAUAAACUGGGAGUUAGUAUACUCUUAGAACCAGGCUACAACGGAAGAACACACCUGUGAGCCAGUUGAAGACCUGAGAUACUUAUGCAGAAGAAAAGCACCACCAACUGAUGAGUAAAAAGUGAUGCAUUAGGCUGGACUUCUGGUUGCUUAUUUUGUCAUUGCAUUUUUGGUCACAUAUUCCUGGUUUGCUCAGCCACCCCCUCCGGAUAAGCAGUUUUGGACCCUCAGAGCCUAGAAGACCAGAACCGAUGACAGGAUGGGAAACAUGGACUCUUCUCCUGGCCCUUCUCCUAAGGAGGGGUUGGGGACAAAACAACGAGGAGAAGGGAACCUGGAGAGAGAACUCAGUCGUCAACUUCUCCAGCAUGUUGGCCUCAGGAAAUAAUCUCUCCAGUUGUUGGACCUGUCAUCCCCACCCACAAGAGGGGAUUCCUCAGCUCCAGAUUGUGCCGGUAGAUGAGGAUGUUAAUCUCACCCUGACUUCUGAACCGGUUAGGAACACACUGCUUCUAAUAGUGGAUCUUGAAGAUCACGAGGAAAUGGGGUGUGUAGAGCUUACAGACACUUGGAACCAAACGGGUCUCUGGAUCAAGCGGCCCUUUCUCUGCACAGGGCAAGGAAAACCCUGUUGCCCCUGCCAGACAGAUGCCUGCCUUAUUGAUGGAGGAAGCUCACUGUCUAUUUAUCCAAUGUCAUUUUCCACGUUAAGCUCCUCCUGCACCCCUAACCAGACUCACUGGUGUGUGGACUCAUCUCUGCUCUCCCCAGGCACCCAGCCCAACACAUCUUGUACGCAUUGGAGAGGAACAGCAGCCCCGGCCUGGAGGCUCACCUAUCAGACCCCCUCUGCUUUCAGCGAUGAGGAGGAAAUAGAGGAAAACUCAGAACUAGAUGGGGGACUGCUAGAAGGAGGGCCUUUGUCCCCCAGGUGCAGUAAUGCCCCUCGUUGGGGUGCCCUUUUACGUCAAUGGUUUAAUUCUACUUCACCCCGCCAAGCUUGUACCCCUGCCGGAUAUCUAUUCCUCUGUGGUCCACCGCAGAAUAAACUACCCUUUGAAGGGAGCCCAAAUUCCUCCUUCUCCUGGCCUCUCCGAGCAAUGGCCUACCCAUGCUUAGACAAUGUUCACUUCCGAGGAGAAUGCACUUUGGGCCGAUUAGGCACUAAAGGACUAAGCACCACUGCAUAUAAUAAUGCCACCUCUCAAAACAGACAUAACUGGGUACUCAGACUAGUCCUGGCAGGAAUUGGGGCAGCCAUAGGUCUGGCUGCCCCUUGGGGGGUUUUGCCUAUCAUGAAAUAAUCUUAAGAAACCUCACACAGGCCAUAGAAAACCUGGUCUCAAAAAACGGUGAUGGGAAUUCCCCGGUGGUCCAGUGGUCAGGACUCCAUGCUUUCACUGCCAAGGGUGCAGGUUCAAUCCCUGGUCAGGGAACGAAGAUCCUGCUUGAUAUGCCUGGUGCAGCCAAAAAAAACAACUGGUGAUGCCUUUAAGGGGUCUCCAAGAGUCCCCAGAUUCUUAGCCAAUGUUGUAUUUGACAAUAACCCUGGAUCAUCUUCUGGAUGAACAAGGGGGUGUCUAUGCAGUGAUUAACAAAACUUGUAGAACAUGCAUCAACAACUCAGCGGAAGUUGAAAUAAAUACUCAGGAAAUUUAUGAACAUUUAAAUGGCUACGUGGGUUCAGCUACCCCACUGCCCAAACUAUAUGGGACUCAGUCAAAGGCUUCAUCCUAUUUCAUUCCUUGGUUCUUGCCUCUCCUGGGCCCUCUAGUGGUGCUAGUUCUUUUGCCAUUAUUCAGAGCCUGCCUGUUUAAUCUUUAGUUAGAUUUGUGUCUUCCAUGCUUCAACAGUUCCAAGUGAGGCUCCUGAUGGCCCAAGGAUUUAAACCCAUUCCUAGAAGGUGACCCUGGUCCCUAUAGGUCUUUGGAACAGUCAGCGAGGGACUUCUGCACCUCUCGGCUAGGCUAGGGUCUCGGCAGGAAGAAGCUCCAGAAGAAGAGACAUUCGGCUCCUUGACCCUUAAGAACAAAGGGUGUAGAACCCCUCAAAGGAAGAUGAGAUCAGCUGGGAUCUUGGGUCAUCUGCCAGGACACUUGCCCCUGGACAGCGCCUCCUUGAACAACAGGAAGCUGGCAUCCGUAGACUGACCAAGGGGUGAAGCUUCCUUAAACAACAUGGUGCUGAAGGUGAUAAGUUAACUGCAAGUGAUUAAAAACAACCUCACGCCUGUGCAGUAGGGCGAUGUUGACCACUACACACCCUUCCCAGUGGCGGUAGUCUGCAAGUCUGCCAUUUUGAAGUGCUAAUGCAGAAAGCAAAAAACUGUGCACAAUUUAUUCAUAUGGCACUGCCAAGGAGGAGGGACAGACCACCUGAGCCAUGCCCCCUGCCUGGACUGCAGGUCCAUUCCCACCGUCACCCCAUGUAAGGACCCAGGGAGCUCUUUGUGAAGGAGCAGAUAGGCAAGGACACCUGAUCCUUGCCUUUCUUCCCUUGUGCUGCAGUGUGAGCUGCCAUAAAACCUUGUCGGAAAUUCUCA